GCACACCGCGCGUGCCGGGUUUCGUUACCGUGCUGGGUUAGUACAAAAACGUGUUUUUACGUUUACCACCACAGUGUAUAUAAAUACACUGUGUUUAGGUCAAGGCCAUAUAUAGUUUACCACUAUAUAUGGCCUUGAGUUUACCUUACCUUACGGUAAUUCGGUUGUAGCAGGCCAAAGACAAGCAGAACAAGAAGGUCACAGAGACGUUUUUCCACAAAUCAUCAUUCUACUGCCUGUCUGGAUAAACAGCACAAGAGCUAAAUAUGGCAGAUGGUGGGGCAGGAAACUGGUGCCUGAUUGAAAGUGACCCAGGUGUCUUCACUGAACUCAUCCGUGAAUUCGGUGUGAAAGGUGCGCAGGUGGAGGAGGUAUGGAGCAUGGAUGAUGAAAUGUUCUCCAAGUUGAGGCCUGUGCACGGACUCGUCUUUCUCUUCAAAUGGGUGCCUGACUCGACUGUGGAGGGCACGCCGGUCCAGGACAGCAGGCUCGACAACAUCUUCUUCGCCAAACAGGUGAUCAACAACGCGUGCGCCACCCAGGCGAUUCUCAGCGUGCUGAUGAACACCAACCACCCGGACGUGGAGCUGAGCUCGACGCUGACCGAGCUGCGCGACUUCACCGCCGGCUUCGACCCGGCCACGCGCGGCCUGGCGCUCAGCAACUCGGAUGUCAUCAGGACCGUGCACAACUCGUUCGCCAGACAGACGCUGUUCGAGCUGGAUAACCGGGCGGCCACCAAGGACGACGACGUCUACCACUUUGUCAGCUACAUCCCGCUGUCGGGACGGCUGUACGAGCUGGACGGGCUCAAGGAGGCGCCGCUGGACCACGGGCCCAUUCCGGAGGGCGCCGACUGGACGCAGGCCGCCCGGCCCAUCAUCGAGAAACGCAUGCAAAAGUACAGCGAGGGCGAGAUCCGGUUCAACCUGAUGGCCAUCAUCUCAGACCGGCGCGCCAUGUACCAGAAGCAGCUGGAGCAGCUGCAGGCCAAGGCGCAGGAAGGUGGGAUGGAGACGGACUCGAUACAGUCGGAGAUGGCCCGGGUCCAGAUGCUGAUCUCAGACGAGGAGAAGAAGAUGGAGAGGUAUCGCACCGAGAACAUCCGCCGAAAACACAACUACAUACCGUUCAUCAUGGAGCUGCUGAAGAUCCUGGCCAAGGAGGGCAAGCUGGUGCAGCUGUACGAACAGGCCAAGGAGCGGUCCGAAAAGCUGCACCAGGCACGGAAGAAGCAGAAGACCAAGUAGUGCCCCCUCUCCGGACGAGUGCAAUGACCGCCGAGCAGCUGCCUCAGUUCGCCACUGCCCCCGUGUGCCGCGCGCCGAGUGACAGACCAUGCUACAGAGUGAACGACGCGGAACGAUUCGCCAGACUGUUGAAAUCAAAUACACGUUACAUUGUGUUGAA